ACUGCACCGGACGAUACUGAAAAGCAGUUCUUGUUAAAACGAUCAUUUUCUCAGAGUUAAUUGUGAGAAACAUUGUGUAUUAUUCUUGAGAGCUCAGAAAAUCAAAAUGACUUCCGAUAUAGACAGCUACACACAAUACGGCCUCUACCUAGAUCCAACAACAAAAAGCAUCUCUCUCCCCAGCACAGAAGGCCAAACGCCCGCACAAAUCGAAGCCAUCAAUGCCGAACUCCAACAAUUAAACACCCUACACCGUGCCUUGAUUGGACUGGACUCACCUAACGUCCCUCCACCACCUCUCCCCAUCAACCCAAAACGAAGUGCACAGAUCACCAAGUUACGCGACACCGCGAACACAGCAUUCCGCAAAUCGAAUUAUGCCGAAGCAAUCAAGUUAUAUGGUUACGCUAUCGAUAUGGCGAUUAGUCGACCGGCCUGGGAACCUGUGAAUCUUGUCCGGGACGAAUUGUCGGGGUUAUAUGCGAAUCGUGCGCAGGCGUACAUGUCUCAACAGUCCUGGCCAGAGGGUUGGAUUGAUUCGAAAUGUAGCGCGGAGUGCAAACCUAUUGGCAACGUCAAGGCAUGGUGGCGUGGUGGGAAGUGUUUGGUUGAGAUGGGACGGUGGGAUGAGGCUCGCGCUUGGGUUGAGCAGGCCUUGGGAAUUGAAGGGCCGGCUAGUGAGGGUGGGAAGGAGCUGGUUGCGCUGUUGGCGGAGGUGGAGGAGGGAAGCAAGAGGGCUUAA